AUGACAAAGACCACUGUCGAUAUGCCACACCAGGUGAAGGCUCCUGUCCUGGUAGUUGGCGCUGGACCCAUCGGAAUGAUAACAGCCUUCCAGCUCGCAAAACGGGGUAUUCGAACGGUUCUUGUGGAGCGCAACCUGGAAACUACGAAAUGGCCCAAGAUGGAUAUCACCAAUCCACGAUCAAUGGAGUUGCUCCAACGUCUAGGGCUUGCAGAUGGGCUACGAGAGAAAGGUGUACCAUCGCAAUUCUCGUUUGACUGCAUUUUUAGCACUGGACUAUCUCCUGGGGGACAAGCUCUGGCGAAAUGGGAUCUACCGUCUCCAGAUCAGCAAGCAGAGAAAAUACGGGGUAACUGUGACGGGACGAUGCCGCGUUACCCGUAUCAGAGAUGUUCCCAAUCCAUCGUCGAAGCCUGGCUAAAAACUCUUAUUCAAGGGGAGCCGCUAAUUGAUUCCUACUUCGGGAUGAAAUUCGAAGCGAUGACCGAGUCGACGGAUAAGGUUCUAUCGACUGUGACCAACGUAGUUACGGGAGCGAAACACGUUAUCGAGAGCCAAUACCUCGUUGGCUGUGAUGGCGCCAGUAGUCGCGUGCGAACUUCCACCGGAAUCAAGCUUACCACGUCUCCGAUCUCCGGACCGACACUUCUAGUUCACCUAAAGUCCAGAGACCUUGAAGUUAUUCACCGCCAAGGUCAAUUUUGGCACCUUUUCCUGUCGAAAGGGAGUGUGGUGAUCAGUCAAGACGAGAAAGAUACCUGGACGAUCCACACUCCUAUUCCGCCUGACACGGACCUUGCCGAUAUUGACCUUGAGCAAGCCGUUUAUGCUGCGCUUGGGGACUCGGGUCCUCCACAGCCAAUCAAAAUUGACAAAAUAAUGGUUAGUAGCAUAUGGAGGGCGAACUUAGGUGUCGCAGAGCAAUUCCGCUCACCAAAAAAACGCGUCUUUCUAGCGGGUGACUCAGCUCAUCAGAACAUUCCAUUCGGUGGAUAUGGCAUGAAUACUGGACUUGGAGAUGCCUAUGAUAUCGGAUGGAAGCUGGCCAUGUUUCUGAAUGACCAGGGCGGCGAACGGCUACUCGAAUCGUAUGAGACUGAGCGGCGACCAGUCGCCGUGCGUAAUGUUGCGAUGUCAGGUCGACAUGCUCAAGUUCACAUGGAUUAUGCUGGAUGGGUUCGACAGACAAGCGAGGGGGAAGUUCGCAGUAACAGUCCUGAAGGACAGGCACUUCGUGAGCGCAUCCGAUGCCAUGUCUAUGCCAACGACGGGGAGAAUAAGUGUUUGGGAAUUGAGAUGGGGUACAGACUCAGCUCCUCGAUCAUUCUCUUGGAAGAGGAUCCAAUAAAAGAGCCGAGGUGUAGUGAGCGGGACUAUGUCGCGACUACAUGGCCUGGCUCUCGAGUGCCGAACAUCAUGCUGAAGGACGGAGUGUCGAUUCACGACCGCCUUGGACCCGAUUUUACUCUGGUCGACUUUACGAUUGAUGGGGCCUACGCAAAGGAGCUCGACAGGGCAACCCCCAAGGUCACAAAGAGGCUGACUGUUGUACAUUUGCCCCAGGAGACCAUGGCUCGGAAGUUGUGGGAGAGAUCUGCUGUUUUGGUACGCCCUGAUAUGCAUGUGGCUUGGCGGAGUGGUGAGACGGAUGUACCUUGGAGCAAGGAAGGCACCGAGAGAGUUCUGAGGAGGUGCUUAGGUUACUGA